AUGUUUCCCACUACCGGUCAACCAGUUAUCGUGGUUGGCGCCAGCUUAGUUGGUCUAUCGGCCGCCCUAUGUUUAUCCUCCCAUCGAGUUCCAACAAUUGUUCUAGAGAAACACUCUGGAAAAUCGCUGCAUCCUCGUGCAAUUGGCUUUACAUCCCGCACUAUGGAGAUAUAUCGUUCUCUUGGAAUUGAUAAUAUCGAGCCUGCGCCUGAAGACUUCAAGCUUGAGCGUGCGCAUGUCGAAAGUCUAACUGGGAAAAGGAAUGACAACUCCUCUUGGUCCGACACGGAGAGAAAGACAAAGGGAGAAAAGCCACAAAACCAGGCUCCUAAGUCAUCUGCUCCGAAGAAGGAGUACUCGGUUGAGCGUGCGUCGGCUAUCCCACAAGACAAACUAGAGCCCAUGCUCGAAGCAUUGGCUUUGGAACGCGGCGCCGACAUUCGUCGCAAACAUAAAUUGAUAUCCGUGGACCAGGACGAGGAUGGAGUGGUCGCCACGGUUACUGAUGCCGAGGGCAAUGAGCAGAAGAUCCAUGGAUCCUAUCUCAUCGCAGCAGACGGGAACCGCAGCACCGUCCGAGAACUUCUUCAAAUCCCUCGACACGGCCGUGGAUAUAUGCAGACAUUGAGCAGCGUCUUGUUCCGUGCACCCCUCGAGCAAUGGACCAAGGGGUUUGUGCAAUUUGACAUAGAUCAACCAGAUCUUAAAGCCUUCCUCGCCUCCUACAGCGACGGACGAUGGGCCUUGAUGUUCAAAGACGCAGUCGACCGCGACGAGCCAGCUCUUCGCGCUGCCAUUUAUCAAGCUGUCGGGAGGUCUGACUUUCCCUUGGAGAUCAUCACCACUGGUCGCUGGGAGCUCACUGCCCUUGUGGCCGACACUUUCCAAUCUGGGCGUGUCUUUCUCGCUGGUGACGCCGCGCACACCUUGCCUCCUAACCGUGGAGGCUACGGCGCAAACACUGGGAUCCACGAUGUGCACAAUCUUGCAUGGAAGCUUGCGGCUGUGUUGUCUGGCAAGCUAUCACCCGAGCUUCUGAACACUUAUGAUGCUGAGAGACGUCCUAUUGCGCUUCUACGACAUGAUCAAAUCUUUGUGCGUGCCGACUACAAGGUCCACCUUGACACUGCCACUCCGGCUGGGGAGAAGAUCGACGACGAUGCCAUGGAGUUUGGUCAGAUCUACCUGUCUGAUGGUAUUAUCGGCGCUGAUGAGAGUUUACCCCGUGCCAAGAAGCCAGACGAGUGGAAUGGUCAGCCUGGCACACAUAUACCUCAUUUCUGGGUGCUGAAGGACGGGGAGAAGGUUCCUACUCUUGAUCUUCUGAGCCAGGGAGAAUGGACCCUGUUUUCGGAGUCGGAUGAGUGGAGUGAGGCAAUCUCCUUUGUCAACGAGAACUCGCCAAUUCCAGUCAGGUUUGUUCACCUUGGAGAAAGCGUACAGUUUGUUCACGGAGAUGACUUCCAGAAAUCUCUCGAAGUCUCACAUUCUGGGGCUGUUCUCGUUCGACCUGACGGUUAUAUUGCCUGGAGAGUCAAGGAUAUUCCUGGGAAUGCGUCAGAGACUCUGGGAAGUGCUAUCUCAAAGGUUUCUUUCAGUUCCGGCGGACCUCAACUUUGA